AGGACCAUGAGCACCCAAACACACAUAAUGGAGUUGUUUGCAGUGCAGUCAUAACCAGUCCAAUCCGAUCCCAAGCCUUUUGGGUUGUCCUAUCCAAUCCCAAACAGUAGUAAAUAUGGAGCCCAGGAAAAUUGCAUUGAUUGUUUGGUUUUCAAUCAUAGGAGUGUUUUAUAUUUUGGGUUGUAUAGCCCAUGCCACUCGAUUGCAAUGCACAAGUUGAUACUGGAGAUGGUGGUGGUGGCAGCGGAGGGGACCUUGGCUUAGUCGCUGGAGGAUAUGGUGGAGGGGGUUGUCGUGGAGGAGGAGGAGGAGGAGGAGGCGGUGAUUGAGAGGGUUAUGGUGGUGGUUGAAGUUGAAUAUCAUGGCAAUUAAUGAUUUGAUGUAUGUUUAUAAAUUGAAAAAUGGUAA